AUGGCACUCGCGUCGCGCAGCCUCAUCAUCCUCGCACUGAUCGGGGUUGCGCUCGCAGCAAAGGGCAGCAGCGUCAGGCAUCUGACCAGCACAGACUUUGAUGAAGUGACAUCGGAUGGAAAGGUGUACUUCGUCAAGUUCUACGCUCCCUGGUGUGGACACUGCAAGAAGCUGGCGCCCACCUGGGAGAAGCUCGCCAAGGCCUAUGAAGGCAGUGAAGAGGCAGCUGUGGUACCUGGCUUCCCAAGCUUGAAGAUCUACUUCAAUGGCGAGCAGAAGGAGAGCUUCAGGAGUGCUCGGGACUACGACACCCUGAAGACCUUCUUCGAUGAGAACAUUGCUGUGUUGCAGGGAGAAACCGUUGCCUGA